AUGGCGACGACCUGGACUCAAACAUCACCAGGUGUAUAUCAGGCCAACCUGGACGGUGCAGAAACCGUGUACCGAAAAACAGCAACAGUGUUUGCUCCACUAAAACGAGAGCAUUGGAGACUACACACUAUCUGUCGCUUCAACUUUGGGCCUGGUUACAAUGGACCGACCGACAAAGAAACUGCGCUGCGACAGGCAUGGAAAGCCCUUCGAUACGAAUUUCCUGGUAUGACCGUGGCCCCGGACAGAUCCAAGAAGAUCUACAAGACUCCUGAUGCUCGGACAACCAAAGAAUGGUUAGAGCAAACAUUCUUCGUAGAACCGAAGAGAACAGCAGAUGAGAUCAUCGCUGAAGCAGUGCCUCUGCAGGAAGUACCUAGCCUAUAUUAUCUCCCAGCCACAUCGGAAAUUCUAUUCUUCAUCUCUCACUGGCGUAUCGAUGCGAUGGGAUCAUGGAUGGUCACCGACCGGCUGUUCCACCAUCUCGCCAAUCCGUCCAAGAGCGGCCUCCCAAAGGUGCCACCACCCAAUGAAAUAGAGAAAAUCUCCCCGAGCUUGGAAGACGCGGCAGGAUCGCCAAAGGUGUCAACACCGGAAAUGGACAAAGUGGCUGCCGACCACAUCGCUGCGCACCACCGCAACGCCAUUCAGAUGGGUGGUAUGCCUUACAAGGGCGACGCCAUUACACUUCCCGGAAGUCCAAAGCGCGAGGCCGUCAUCUUCACCCGGGAAAGCACUCAAAAGGUAGUUUCUGCGUGUAAGGCUCGCGGGAUCACUGUGACUGCUGCUAUUCACGCAGCGCUCGCCGAGACGGUCUUUGCUAUGGGUUUGCCCGAAUCGCGAGAACACGAUUAUGUCACUGUCAUGCCAGUCAACUUGCGUAACUAUCUGAAAACGCCUUACAAUGGAGAUGGACAUGCUCUCCAGACCUAUGCCGGCAGUAUCACACCUCGGGUUCCUCGUCACGCAACCUUUGCCAAACGCACAUCCUACUUGGUAGAGUACUAUAAAACACGAUACGACCCAAAACUCAUUGAGUGUUUGCGACCGAUCUAUAGGUACCAUGCCGAAGCCCUUUUUAAGCCGCUACCGGCACCGGCAGCUGCACCGGAAGGGACACCGGCAACAUCCAAUGGAAACAAGCGGCCCCCUCCCGGCCUCCCCAGCGGUAUUUCGAUUAACAGUCUUGGGGUGGUGGAGAAGUAUUUUGCAGGAAAAUAUGGCGAUUCAGUGGAUGUCGCGACAUUCACUUUUGGGGUUAGUAUGAUUACGCGUCAGACUAUGCUGUAUGUAUGGACAUGGAAGGGUGAAUUGACGUUGUCGAGCGAAUACAACGCGGCAUACCACGAUCCGGAGGAGGUUCGGGAAGUGAUGCUGUCGAUCAAACAAGUGUUGGAGAAGGAGUUGGAAAUUGAGCAGAAUCGAAAGAGAGAGGUUGAAGAGCAAAAGGAGCAACCGUAA